GCACGUCGGUCCGGUCCGUCCGGAGCUCCGCGACGGUUGCCGGGGUGCGGCGCCGGGUCUUUGUUUUGUCAGGAAUGUCCCCCGCCGGGCCAGUCCCGCACGUCGGUCCGGUCCGUCCGGAGCUCCGCGACGGUUGCCGGGGUGCGGCGCCGGCUCGCGGGAACGCCCGCCGGCCCCACCGGCUCGACCGCUCCCCGAAACGACAACGGACAAAAGAGCGUGCGCGCGCCGACAUUUGUGCCGACCGCGCCCCGCCGCAGUGGGCGGAGUCAAAGGCGGCCCCACAAGCGACGGCGGCCGGCGUUCGCUCCGCAGACGCCGUCUUCACCUCGCGCCUUCGCCGUCGUCACAGACCUCCAAUCGAGGAGCACUCCAUCCAAAUCGCGCCGAGGCCGCGCUUCCUUUCUCGUCUUCUCCGGAGGUCGCCGCCGUCGUACAUCCAUGGAGUCCGCCGAGGCUUUGGCGGCCAAGCAGAAGAGCCGCCGGAACGUCACCAUCGAGAUAACCAACCUGACCGGCGGCUUCGUCCUCAAACACCCCAAGGUGCACCUGGAAAGCGGCGACUGCCACAGCCCGCCGCAGCCCACCGUGCGCCCCAUGCGCACCGAAGUCUGCAACUUCACCAAAACCGACGUGGCGGCCAGCGGCGCGGUGGGCGUGUUGUCCUACGACAUCUACGAGGGCAAAACCGCCGCCGCCAAGCUGGCCGUCAUGUUCUCGGUGCCCUACGACUACACCUUCUACAAGAACUGGGUGGCGGUGGGCAUCUUCCCCUUGAGCCGGGACACCGACGACAAGCUCUACAAGGAGAUGUACGAGGACAAGAACCAGAACGGCUUCGUGCGCCAGCAGGCCAACGGGUCCGGCCUGACCUACGAGAGCGGCAAGAUGGACGUCAAGGUCACCAUGUCGCCCUUGGGCAGGGCCAUCAUGAAGGUGGAGCUGUGGGACUUGCACUUCCACCCCUGAGCCGACAAUAAAACCACCGAUGGCGACGAC